AAAAUGUCUGAAGAUAAAAAGGACGGAGACAACCCCGAGAAGGAGCAUAUGCAGCUCAAAGUCCGGUCCCCGGACGGGAGCGAGGUGUACUUCAAGAUCAAGCGCCGCACAAAGCUGGAAAAGCUCAUGACGGCCUACUGCAACAGGCUAGGUCAGUCUAUUGACUCUGUGCGGUUUCUGUAUGAUGGAGAGCGUGUCAAACCGGAGAAGACGCCUAUGGAUCUGGGCAUUGAAGAUGGAGAUGUUAUUGAUGCCAUGGUCCAGCAGACUGGUGGUGGCUGCUAG